ACUCUAUCUACAACCUCACAUAUUAAAACCCCAUCAACUCCUACUCCCCUUUUCUUGAUUCCAAAUUUUCAAUCACAAAAGCAACAACAAGAAGCAUAUUAAUAAACAAUGGCCACUGUUACCUCUGCUGCUGUUGCUAUUCCAUCUUUCACUGGCCUUAAGGCUGGUGCUUCAUCAUCUUCCAGAGUUAGCACCGGUGCAUCCGCUAAGGUGGCAGCUGCCCCAGUUGCCAGAUUGACUGUGAAGGCGUCUUUGAAAGAUGUCGGUGCUGUGGUUGCUGCCACCGCUGUUAGCGCGAUGCUUGCUAGCAAUGCCAUGGCACUUGAAGUGUUGCUUGGUGGUGAUGAUGGGAGUCUAGCUUUUAUUCCUGGGAACUUCAGCGUUAGUGCUGGUGAGAAAAUUACAUUCAAGAACAAUGCAGGGUUCCCACACAACGUCGUAUUUGAUGAAGAUGAAAUCCCAGCUGGUGUGGAUGCUAGUAAGAUUUCCAUGUCUGAAGAGGAUCUUCUGAAUGCAGCAGGAGAGACAUACAGUGUCACUUUGAGUGAGAAAGGAACUUACACUUUCUACUGUGCACCUCACCAGGGAGCUGGAAUGGUUGGCAAAGUUACUGUCAACUAAUUUUUUUCACACCUCUGUUUUGUAAAAGUUGAUUUGAGUUCCCAUCAAUUUCAACAUUUUCCUUUUAGUAUUGCCCUUCUCUUUUUGAGGUGUAAUGAAAACUCAGGAAAUUAAAGUUGCAUAUGUAUCCAUGUAAUGUCAUUUUGUGAUUAAUACCAGCUUUUUUGGACUGUAAUGUUGCUUUUGUAACAUCAAAAAGUUCAACCUUCCUCCUGA